AUGCCUCUGCGUUGGCUCGCACGCCUUCGGGACUGGUUCGAGCUCGUCCUCGAAGACUUACACGACUGGUUCGAAGACCUCCGCAACGGAGACAACUUGUACGAACUACUCUUAUUCACCAUCUACGGUCUAUGGCUCAGCGUAUCGCUACUGAUCUUCGGAGGGGUGACCGCAGUCCACGAUGUCUUUGGCCUGGCUAGAAGGGUGCUCGACAAUUGUGUGCCGAUAUAUCUGCUACCGCCAGGCAUAACCCCAUAUCCCGUCGUUUUCACCACCAUACAGUUCAUUGCUGCAGUGCUGGAGAUUCAGGACCCCUUUACCUUGGUUUGCGGUCUCUUUGUCCUUGUUGGGCUGGCCGCUCAGGCUCACGCUGUUUUGGCACGGACUGGAAAUGGUGACGACGGGCAGGUGCAGAGAGUUGUCUUCCAUGGGUAG